UACUUAUGAUUAUCUGUGUCGGACGUGGUGGGAGUACCCAUCUUAGUACAGAGCGCGCCUUGCCAGUUGUUAGUCUAGUUUCUACGAGUGUUUAUUUAUGUGAAAAUAAGAAAUUUGUAAAGGACGUUGCAUUUAAGAAAUUUGUUUUAUCAUAAGCGGCUAGUCAGUGUUCAGACUUCGGUCAGGUAGUUUGUGACUGUCCCAUCGGUGCGGUUAAAAAUUGUAUUGGACCGUGUGUUAUCGAAAGUCGUCUUAUUUUCUAAUUAGCAAUCAUGCCUAACAUUGUAAAUGAAAUUAAAUUGGAUUUUAAAGAUGUGCUUCUUCGACCAAAAAGGAGCACCCUUAAAACUCGGGCUGAAGUAGAUUUAUUCAGACACAUAACAUUUCGCAAUUCUAAACGUUCGUAUAGAGGUAUCCCAUUGAUGGCUUCUAACAUGGAUACUGUUGGAACUUUUGAAAUGGCUGCUGUUUUGGGAAAGCAUGGCGUUUUUUCUACAGUUCACAAGUACUAUGAAGUCGAGGAAUGGGAAGAUUUUGCUAAAAAACAUGUCGAAAUUUUACCACAUGUGGCUGUAAGUUGUGGUAUAAGCGAUGCCGAUUUUGAAAAACUGGAAAAAAUUUUGGCUGCCGUUCCAGAUCUAACAUUUAUUUGUCUUGAUGUAGCUAAUGGUUACACUCAACAGUUUGUUGACAUAGUACGAAAAACGCGAAAUGCAUAUCCAAAACACACGAUUAUUGCUGGAAAUGUGGUUACUGGUGAAAUGGUUGAAGAACUCAUUUUGUCUGGAGCUGAUAUCAUUAAAGUUGGUAUUGGUCCAGGAUCUGUAUGUACCACUCGUGUUAAGACUGGAGUAGGAUAUCCUCAAUUAAGUGCUGUAAUUGAAUGUGCAGAUGCUGCUCAUGGCUUACAAGGCCAUAUUAUUUCUGAUGGUGGAUGUGUUUGUCCUGGCGAUGUCGCUAAAGCAUUUGGUGCUGGUGCUGAUUUUGUAAUGCUUGGUGGAAUGUUAGCUGGACAUGAUGAAAGUGGGGGGGAAUUAACUAUAAAACCUGAUGGUACCAAGAGCAAAUUAUUUUAUGGUAUGAGUUCUAUGACAGCAAUGAAAAAACAUGCUGGUGGUAAAGCUGAAUAUAGAGCGGCCGAAGGUAAAGCUGUAGAAGUACCAUACAGAGGUGAAGUCAAUAACACUAUUCUAGAUAUACUUGGAGGUCUUCGAUCAGCAUGUACUUACACUGGAGCACAUAAAUUAAAAGAACUACCAAGAAGAGCUACUUUUAUUAGGUGUACCCAACAAGUUAAUUCUGUUUAUGCUAAUAUUCCAUCAAAAGAAUAAAAUAAUUUCAUUAAUUACAAAAGAAAUUUAUACAUUUUCAAAGCUGAAAAAUUAAAAGACUGCUGUGGUAGAAUUACAUAAUGUCCAUAAAUAGUAUGUAGUUAUUUUUAAUACGUAUUUGAAUUUUUAGAAAAUUAUCUCAAUUUUUUAUUGUAAUUUAACGUAAAGUUGGUGCUUGAAAUAUAAAGUAUUUACUGUUAA